UUCACAUGGUUCGAUGGUUGGGAAUACCCAGCUUAUGUUUCUCAUAGUAUUUCUCUGGUUUUGAUUCCUCUGAAUAUUUUCGGAGGAUACUGUAUUCUGUUUCAAAUUCCGAAGAAAAUGGAGGCAUCCAAAUGGGUGAUGAUAAAUGUUCAUUUUUGGAGUAGCUUUUUGGAUUUGCUUGUCAGUUUUCUACUGACCCCAUAUAUUUUCUUCCCGGCUAUGUGUGGAAUUACAAAUGGAUUGCUCAGUUGGCUACACGUUCCAAUAAUAGUGCAAGUUUUUCUAGCACAAUGGAAGUGCAUUUUAGGAGUCGGGGUGUCUUUGGUAAUAAUUUUCGAGAGCCGACAUAAUGUCGAUCGCUUUGUUAUCACAAGAAAAUCUUCUAGAAUUUUGUUUUAUGCUCUGAAUUGUGUAUAUGGCAUUUUUUUCAUGACACCCACUUAUUUUUCGCUCCCGGACCAAGAAAAGGCAAAACUAGAGCUACUAAAGAUCGUCCCUUGUCCAACACCAGUCUACUUCGAACCCAAUGUUUUCGUUCUGAUGGACCAUCAGGGCCGAUGGUUCAUUCAACUUCAGUGCACCACAUUUUUCUGUGUUUUGAUUGCUCAAGGUGCUUUUUCCGUAUCCAGAACUGUCUAUUUUUUGACUGCUUACAACUCGAAAAUGUCCGAAAUGAUUCAAGUGGCGAUUCCAGUGUUCAUUGUGAUUCUUCCAAUACUUUAUUGUGGAUGUGCAAUCGAGUGGUAUUGGUAUUAUCAGUCAUUCAGCAACACUGCUAUCAUUUGUGUUUCUUUCCAUGGAAUGAGCUCAACCAUCGCGAUUUUU